GUCACAGAUUUCUUGCUCAUCGCCGUGCGUGAUCUCUUGGCCGAGAGGCCUGACCUACGAGUGGUGUUGAUGAGUGCCACCAUGCAACAAGACACCUUCCGCAGGUAUUUUGAGGCUUGCGCAGAGGUACAGAUUCAGGGCCGGGUACAUCCUGUGGAGGAGAUCUACUUGGAAGACUUGGCCCCGAAGCUCCAUAAGCUGGGCUACGUGGAGCAGCUGGGGCCGGGCUUCGCGGCCGGUGGGCUAGGCUAUGGGAGCUGGGAGAACAAGGGCCGAGAGAAGUCCUUCAAGUAUCAGGUCCUGGUGAGCCACACGUAUGAUCCUGACCAGCUUUGUGGCUUUAGUGACUACGCCUGGGAGCCCUUGACAGGAGCACGAAAAGACGAGGGACUCUUUCUUCAUGAUGUUUUGCAGCAGACCAAGGGUGUCCUCUAUGACUUCCCGAUUAUCGAAGCGCUGUUGAGCAUGCUGGAGCAGGAAUCCCCCAAAAAGGCGCGCAAGCCGAAGAAUGGCAAGGGAGGGAUCUUGAUCUUCCUCCCUGGUUGGGACGACAUCGACCGGCUGAAGCGCCUCUUGCGGAGUCACGACGUCUUCGGCAGCCGCUGGUUCUGGAUCCUGCCGCUGCAUUCGCAGAUCCGCUUGGAGCAGCAAAAGGAGGUCUUCCAAGUUCCUCCACCCGGUGCCAGGAAGCCCAGCUGA